AGCGGCUCCAGUCAAAUGUGGGAGACAGUGUUGAGAGUUUGUCGAGUCGCGACUUUCUUCUGUUACUGAAACGCAUGGAUAACACAUAAACCCAUUCCAGUACAGUGCUCAUAUGGAAAGUGAAAGAUGAAUCAAAGUCCGCAGUGGUGUGGCUUGAGAGACUGAUGGAGGUGCAGCAGAGAAGGCUUUGGCUGUCAUGACUGCUCUCAUUCUGAUGCUCAUAUGGCUGUCUCAGGUCUUUCCAGUGAUGAGUGACCUCCCUCAGCCCCUCAGUGUGAGGCUGAACUCCAGUCAUUUCCAUCACAUGCUUCAAUGGGAGGCUGGAGUGGGAACCCCCCCAGGAGUCUAUUAUAAGGUCACAUUUCUCACACAGGACAAACACUCCUGGAAUCCAGUUGUUGGCUGCGAGCAUGUCCAGCAUCCACUCGUCUGCAACAUGACAGUAUCCCUCUCUGACCCACAAAAGUACUACUUUAUCAGGGUUGUAGCAGUGCUGGAUAAACACUCUUCAAAGGCAGUUGAAUCAACAGCAUUUCAUCCCAUCAGAGACACUAUUCUGGACCCCCCGCUGUUCACCGUCACCUCCUGUGGCCUAGAUUUGUGUUUGAACUUUGACCCUCCCAUGGAGCACGUGAGGGCUAUCUAUAACCGUUUCAAAUACCAACUCAGGAUCAAGAGCAACAAUGCAGACGAACCUCGGAUAAGGGAAAUAACGUCUCUGAACAAAGAGGUUUUGAAAGAUCUGCCUCCAGGAAGAGAGUACUGCAUCUCGGUCAGGGUUUCAGGCUUUUUAGGCGGUGAUAUGCAAAGAACAUUCAACUUCAGCCAACCUAACUGUGUUAUCAUCCCUGGCCACUUAAAUACAGAUCCCCCCAUCGCAGCUACGUUGUGCUUGUUUGUGAUCUUCAUUCUGGUCGUUUUGGGUCUUCUGUACUUUGCUGGUUUCAUCUGGCUGAAAAACACACCUCUGCCACUGGUCUUGACGUCCAUCCAUCACACAGAUGAGUUUCUACAUACCUCACCCCUCGUUUCGCUGGGAUCCAUCCUGACUGUAAAGCCAACAGCGCCCUCCUCAGGCAAAAAGAAGAGCAGCCAGACAGAAUCGAGCGACAGCGAUGAGGAGAGUGUCACAGACAUCACAGGGGGAAGAGGAGGAGGAUGCUACAAACUGCGAGUGGGCACCAACCUCCUUUCUACUUCCUCUUCAUCCUCGUCAUCAUCUUUGUCAGCUCCUUUGUCCCCAAACUGUUUCCCCACAAAUCAGAACACUCUGUCUGUCCCCCCGGAGGUAUUCAGUGCCCUGCCCAAAGCCCCCAUCGCAGCCAACACCUCCACCUCCACCUCCACUGCAGACAGUCUGACUGCAGAAAGAACUGAAAGAGAGGAGGAGGAGGAAAAGGAAGAGGAGGGCAUGAGAGAGUGGGGCAGCCAGGACGUGAACCUCCUCACAUUAACCUUCGGGAAUCACAAGGAGGAGAAAGAGGAGGAGCCAGCACCUGUUGAUUUACAGUCUGCUCCUCCUGCUUCAGAGGAGACUUCAGUCCUCCUCUCACACAUGUGUCAUUUUAGCGAAGACGCCAAAGACUCUGAUAUCUGCUCUGAUGAUGAAGAGGAGGAGGACGAGUACGACGGAGCAAAUGGAUACAUGCGUCGAUGACAAGUCUAUGCACUGAAUGCCCGACUCAACUUUGAGUCUUCAGACAGACUAUAUCUGUUGAAAUUUCAACAGUUAAUAAUGAAUCAAUCAUUUUAAGAUAUUGAAACUAAGCCAAAUAAAAUAAUGUGUCCAUAAGUGUUUCACAGGCUAUGACACUUAGUUGAUUAAAUUUGGAGCUUUUUCAUGAUCAGAUAAUGGAAUAAGCCUAUAUGAUGCAAAAAUCAACCAUAAUAUUGGUUAUUUUAUAAAAUUUAAGCAAAAACAUGAUUAAUUGAUUAAAAUCUUAGGUUCUAGUCCCAUUUACAUUCAUUUAGUUUUCUGUUUACAUUAUUUCUCAAAUGUGGCCAGUACUUGUCACCUCAAUGUCCUUACACUGAAUACCUCAACUGCUGUGGUCUGCCAUGUUUGUAUUCAAGUGACUCCUGUCGGUGCACGUCAGAGAUAAUGUAAAACUCACAUGAUCAAAACACGGACUGUUCAGACUGAGGUCACAUUGUAAAAAAUCAUACCCAUGUCGGAUUUAUGACCACAUAUAUCUUGAAAAGAACACGCAGGCAGGAAAAAAACAGAUCUGCAGUCUGGAGAUUUAGAGUGUUUUCACGCCUACACAUUUUAGUCCAGUUAAAAAUGGAAAAUGUUUAUAUAAGUAAAGGUGUGAAAACAUCCUGCAGGGAGCACGUGUUUCAGAAUGAGUUUUGCAAUAGAAUUACCUUUGUCUCCAUCUUAAAGAUCUUGAUCAUGUGCAAACAACCCCCCUCUGUUUGAAGGGAACAGAUUUCCCUGCCUUCCCUUCUGCUGAUGUACUGUCGAUGUUCAUGCGUCAUCGAUCAGUGUUUCCUCUGAUGCUUUAAUGGUUCAGGGGCCAUUUUUGUUUCUAGGUUUCAAACUUGAAACACCCAGACACAUUUAGAGACAGAAGCAGAUGCAGGAAAAUCAUGCACUUGCUAUAUCUUCUUAAGGGAAUUUUGUAAUUUAUUAUUUUCUUUGUGUUUAUAAAGUUCUGGGCCUUAGGAUUAUGAUCCUCUGUCCUCUAUUUUUUGUUAUUCAGAUGAGUCUACUUAACAUGAUGCAGAAUUUAUUUAAGGUACUGAAGUAUGAUGGAGGAAACUUGAGUAGUUUGCUAUUUUUUUUAUUUUGAAAAUAUUUCUGUGUAUUCGCCACCAGUUCUGCAAUAGAUUGUUACAACUCACGCAGAAGUUAUGAGUCACUGUAAUAUAUUUAGGUCAUAUUUUAACUUGGCAUUAAACAGUAAGCCCAAUAGUAGAGGAAAAACUCCCUGUGAUGAGCAUUGAACUCCUUUUAUAUGAUCAGUGUUAGUUCUGUUUUUAUUAUGCAACUGUAACUGACGGAGCUCUUAACUGUGGUCUUCAAAAUGCUGACGGAUGAGGAAUCAGUUACAUGUUAUUGACUGUUUUAGGAGAAUGGUGCUGAAAUUACAGGCCACAGCUAGUCAAGUGUGAGAUGUUGAUACUUUCCUGUGUCAUCUAUUAGUGGUUUUAAAGCACAGGUGAUCUAUUGUGAAAAAGAUGACAAAUGAAUACCUGGGCUACUUAUAAUGAAUAUAAGUGUCGGCUUCCUGUAAAAAAUUCAGUCACCAGCACAUUUUGAAGAUGGUUUUGCACCUGCUCAGUCAGGUUUCAUCAGGAUUUUUAUACCAUUUAUUAGAGAACAAACAGCAACACAGGGGUAGAAAGUGAGCGCAUAUAACAGAUAAGUCCAUCAAUGAUUUGUCUUCUUUUUCUUUUAUUUAGACAAUAUUUACACAGCAUUUCACAAAAUCACUUCAUAUGCACAUUCAGCUAUGACUAUCUUGUUCAGCUCUGAUAGAACUGUGUCUGGAUCAUGGUAACAUUUACAUAGUUCUGUCAUGUCAAAGCUAUUGUUUGUUUGCAUGUCACUGUUUAUGUACAAUACCAGUUUACAUGAAGAGCAGAAGUACAGUUUUAAGGGUUAUACUGGUUAAAUGUCUCUAUGUUGAUCAUGUUUUUUUCAUCAUUACAAUAAUAUACUGUAUAUUUCUGCAGGGAAAUGUAUUCCAAAUGAUGCUCGGAGGAUCUGGUAACAGUCUGUUCUAAUCAACCAUCAAGUUGCAUCAACUUCAAGUAGGCAAUUUACAAUCAUUAUUGUUAUGUAAUUAUUGCAGCUAUUUGAGAAAAACAUUAUUUUGCAGAAUCAUGCCAUUUGUCUCCUUUAGCUGAAUGAAGCUGACCAAUUACAUUGACAAUUUUACAUCAUUUACAGCACUGUUUUGUAUAUUAUUUUCCGCUUAAAAGACAUUAAUCACCUCAAAUACGGUUACUGUGACAGUUGUAUUUUUUUUAGGCUUGAUUUAGUUCUCUUGCUGAAUGCUGCUAAUUCAUCAGAUGUAUGUGAAAUAUUUUAGUUUUGUUGAAAUUUAAUCAUCUCAAGUCUACAAAAACUAAAAAUAGAAAUGUUGCAUUUAUUUAUUCACUUUAUUUUUACAGGAAACAUGUUAAGGAUAAAGAACUUUAGAUGGAAGUAAACAAAGCCUUAAAAUUUGAUGCAAAAAAUUCCGAUUUAUGAACAUUGUGUAAAUUUGUGUUAGAACAGACUGUUAAGCAUCUAUUGGACGAUAUUAUCUUAAUAUAAGGAGCAACGGAUAAUUACAACAUUUGUGUUUUAAGAGUUUAAUCCAGCUAAGUCACAUAUUUGUAUUUUUAUACUCACUGUAAAUCAUUGCCGAUGUAUUCAUAAGACUCAUCCAUAUACAUGCACAUUUUCAAUAAAGCUACAGA